UGGAUGGAAGGAAAGGAACAACGUUAUCCUCUAUUCCUUCUCUGUCCACUCCCGAAACGAAGAAAAAAAGUUAGAUUCUGAUCUCUUAACUGUCAACUAACCCCAUGGAACUCUCCCUAUUCCGUCAUCAGUGCAGCCAUUACACGAUCCUCCAUUCCCCUCUAAGCUCCAUUCACUCUUCAAGGACAAAAAAGAAUCUUUACAGCAGAAGUUCAUUUAGGCUACCCUGCCGUUGUUCAUGUUCUUCCUCUGAUCAACCUGCUCCUGAACCAUCCACUCUAUCUUUGCAGGUUGAGGGAAGAAGGGCAUUACUUACUGCCCUUCUGACGACUGCUGCUGGAGUUUACUCGUGUGAUGUGGCUGGAGCAGUUAGCACAAGUAGAAGAGCACUUCGUGCAUCGAAAAUUCCAGAAAGUGAAUUCAAAACCCUGCCUAGUGGUCUCAAGUAUUAUGAUUUGAAGGUUGGGAGUGGAGCUGAGGCUGUGAAGGGAUCCCGUGUUGCUGUUCAUUAUGUUGCUAAGUGGAAGAAUAUUACAUUUAUGACUAGCAGACAAGGAAUGGGUGUUGGAGGAGGGACGCCAUAUGGAUUUGAUGUAGGCCAAUCUGAGAAUGGAAAUGUCCUUAAAGGGUUAGAUUUAGGGGUGCAAGGCAUGCGAGUAGGAGGCCAGAGGUUGUUAAUUGUUCCUCCUGAACUGGCCUAUGGAAGCAAAGGAGUCCAGGAGAUCCCUCCAAAUGCAACAAUAGAGUUGGAUGUUGAGCUGCUUUCCAUCAAACAAAGUCCGUUUGGGACUGCGGUAAAGAUAGUUGAAGGCUGAGCUUUAUUAUAUUAUGAGUAAGGCCUCAUUUUGCUCGGCGAUUUAAAUGUCGAAGGAACAUAAUUUGAGAGAUUAUGUCAAGAGGGGGCUGCCCCGCCAUCCAUGCACCUUUUACUUUGACAUUUUGUGUAAACUAACCUUGAAAUUCUCAAUUUUCUCUUCUGGAAAAGAAUAAGCGAAAAACAAAUAGGGCGAGAAUUUGUAAACUUUCCUUGAGUAGGUUGAUAAUAUCGAUUCGUUUGACGACUGGUAUUUGCAAGGCGUUCUGAAAAGUUUUCAUUCGCA